GGGCAGCGCUGGUUUUACGGAACUGCCGUGUCCCCAGCAUGCACAGGCAGCCUCCUACAACAGCCUCUUGCUUCACUGCGGGAGGUGGUUGUUUGUUUGUUUUUUUCCAAGCAGAAAAGGAAUCUUACACUUUCCGCUGCCUAAUGGCUUCGUUUCUGUGCAUUAAACCUAGUUUUUUAAAAAGCUGCCUUCAUCAUUGCAUCUGGUUUUUAUGAGGUGAGGCACCAGCCUGAGCUAGCAAUAAAUUGCUCAGGUGGCACCUCUUGGCCAAAGUAAACAAGCUUUAAAUUCAGUACAGCUUUCCAAUAAGGCCUUCAAUUGUUUUGGAUUUUCAAAUAAAUCUGCUGUUGCCUUUCCUUCAGAUUCCUUACUAACCUUUAUAAGUACAUAGCAUUGGCUAUUGUGCUUCUAAAAAUCACACAUCAAUCAUAGAAGUUUAGGUAGGCAAGAUGGACAGACAAAUGUGGCAUGAUUUCAGCAAUGGAGAAUACAACUUCAAGUUUAGAAUCUGAAUACAUCAAGAAUCUGCAGCAACAAAUCUACUUCCUUGAACUAGAAGCCAAUUUUCUGCGUGGGCAGACUAAAAAAGCCACUUAUAUCCAGCCCCGCAUUACUUCUGAAACCGAACACUUGCUUCAAAAGCUAAAGGAAUUACAGUCCCAAGCUGAUGGUCUCCAUUUGGAACUCAAGCGAAAGGAAGCAAGUUUAAAAAUGAUGAAAACAGACAGAGAAAGAAUGAAUAACCAGAUCAAUGCUGCAGAUGAACUUCAUUCUAGAGAGAAGCAGGCCUUAGCAGAAGAGAUCAUACAUUUGAAGCGCAGGAAGGAACAGACAGACAGACAGGCAUCUAAAAAAGAAAUGGAGCUAUUGCAUGCCAAGCAGGAAUUAGAACAGCAACAAACCAAUCUGAGUAAUUGUGAACAGAAAAUCCUUAUGAUACAAUCAAAGCUGAAACAGCGGUCAGAGCAGCAGAAGGCAUUAGAGAUGCAGCUUUCUGAAAAGAGAAGGGAACUUAUGAAAGUGCAGUUUGCUAUGCAUGAAAUGGAAGACAAAAUGUUUAAAAAAACAGCAAUGAUGCAAGACAAGAUCACACAUGACAUCAGAAGUAAGAUGAGUUUUCUUCAUCAGCAAUUAAGAGAGAAAGAUCUACUGGCAGAGCAAGAUCGUUUCUUAAGAAGUAAAAUGAUGGAUGAUUAUGCAUCUCUGACCACAGAGAAUGCUGUGCUGCGUUCCCAGCUCUUGGAACUUAACAAGCAACUGAACAUAGAGAGAGCCCUCAGGGAAGAGAAUUGUACAGCUGAGUCCUCCAGCUUUACGCAGCUUCUCACAGUGAAAGACCACAAAGAGCAACUGAAACAUGAGAUCAAGAUGCACCAAGAGCUCUUGCAGCAGGAAAAGAAAAACUUGCAAGACUUUAUGGAAAAGAUUCAUAUUUUGGAACAAGGAAGCAUAUCUCUUGACUUAAAUGUUGCAACAUUAAACAGUCGAAUAGCUGAAAUGAAGGGUAUGCUGGACAAAGAGGAACAGGAAAAUAUUGAACUGCAAAGAGAUAAAGCUUUGUUGGUAGAUCUUGUAUCUAGUUCACAAAACCAGCUUGUUGGCAGGGACAAUGAACUCUCGCAAACAUCUACUAAGGUGCUGCAGCUUGAUCAGGAUAUUUCAGUGCUAAAAACAAAGCAUGUUUUACAUCAGUCUCUUCAGUCGGAAAAAUGGCAGGAAAUCUCCAAAAUGGAAAGCUCAAUGAGGAAGCUUACCAAAUCAAUGACAGAUGUAGCAGAUCACAUGGGCAAACAUUAGGUUGGGUGGAACAAUAAGAGGUGGUAUGCUAUAGAUAGAAAAUUAAUCCUUUAAAUACAACUUGACUUUAAUUUCAGUGAGCCAUUUGUCUUUAUGAUCACUUUUGUUUUUAAUAAAAUUGAUUUAAGAGAUUUAAAUGCUAUAAAAUACUGCUAAUGGAGCAGUUUCUUUUUCACUCUACCACGUAGACAUGAGAAUGUCUUCAUGAAGCCAGUUAACAAUAUAGAUUUGGUUCCCUGAAAGUACCUGAAAUCCAAUAAAUGUAAUUGCCAAAUAUUGUCAUUUUGGUGAGUAAAUGUCACAGUUUCUCUUUACAUGGUAAUGAAUAAGAUUCUAUGCAUGAAAAAAUGAGUGCUAAGUGAGUGAAAAAGAUUUCAUCCACAAUAGGACUUCAUAAAAUUGUGACUAAAAUAACGUAUUAUUCAGCAGACUGAGUGGCAGCAAACUUGGAUCUGUAAUACAUAUCUAGCUAGGAUUUUUAAUUAUGCUUCUUUACAAAAAGAAUGACGAAGAUUUUCCAAGAUGCGUAAUGGAUUUAGAUGCAUAGUUCCCAUUAAAUUUAAUCCAGAUUUUUUAAACAGUUUUGAAAAUCUCAUCCUGUAUUUUUAAAAAGGCAAAUGUACUAAUCAUGUGUUCUGUUGAGUGAAACAUUAUAUAUAUGAGAGAGAGAGAGAGAGAGAGAGAGAGAGAGAGAGAGAGAUUACUCUGUUGUUUCAUGAUUUUUUGCCUAUAUCCUGCCAUUAGUGUGUGUUAGAAUUUUUAGUCCAAAAUAUCUGUUCACAUAAAUUAGAGAGAUAAGGUAGGUGAGGUAAUAUCUUAGUUCCAAGAUUUAAAAGCAGAAUACUCUCAAGAGCUAAAAGACAUGCUGCCACACAACCAAAGUUGACCAUCCACCAUUCUUACCAGCACAGCAUUUUAGACCUCAAGAAGUCAAAUUCUCAUUCAGCUCCUGCAAGAUACAUCUCGCAGUGAAAACAUCUUUCCACCACCAGGUAGACAGAUCGUUGGUGUUUCCUCACUUGCUCACAUGUAGAUUCCUUAAAGACAUUGUGGAUCUCUUCAUGCAUGUGACAACACCCUCUCCAUCCUGAAAUCUUAACCUAGUUCUCAGGGCUUUGACUAGCCCUCCCUUUGAGUCCAUGGCAACUUGCUCUCUCUUACACAUGUCCAUGAAGACAGCAUUUCUUAUUGCCAUCACUUCAGCUAGGUACAGGAGAAAUAGCAAGCCCCGAUGACAUACCCACCAUUCAUGGUCUUUUUUAAAGAUCAAGUACUGUAAAUUAGCAAAUAUAACACGUGUAUAAUACGCACUCAUGUAUCACCCGCAGUUCUUCUAUCGUGUGUAAAAAAUAUAUUAGAAAACUCGCGGACGUACAUAACCCACAUAGACUUCUGCCGCCUUCAUAAAAGAAUCUGGUGGUCUUUGAUGUGGUUGCCACUUGCCAGCUAUAAAGAUUGAAGAUUAUGACGUCAUGCAGCCCGAUAAUACUGGGUCUUGUUAUUUUAUUUUAGUAAACACAACAACAUUGCCACUCUUUAAAUUAUUAUUAAAUCGAAGAUGCUGGUUUUAUUAUGUUGAUCUUGUCUUCCUGUAAUAUGAGUAAAAUAAGAGUAAAAAUCAAAUUGCAUAAGACGCGGACAUAUAUACCCCGCAAGGAGGGGGGAGGGUGGUAGGUAAAAACACGGACAACCCGUGGGCUAUAUUUGCUAAAUACAGUAACUCUAAGGCCAUAUCUCAAGUUUCUCCUUACUUUCUCUGCAUUUUCCAUAUGGAACACAUGUAUCUCCCUAUUUUCCCCCCCCCAAAACCACUUUGUGACAACAGGGAGAUGAUUCUGCAUAUGCUAGAUAUAUAGUAUCUAUAGUACUCUAUGUAGUAAUAGACUCCACUCUGAAAUUCCAACCUCCAGUGGUAGGUACUACUUGGAUUCACCUACAGUAAACCCAUAGGGACAUUACUUGAAGAAGAAGAGGAAGUUAUCUUGUACAGUAACAAUGUUUUUUUGAGAUUUGUGUCCCCUUGGAUGCUCCACAACUCUCCCUUCUCCCCUCUACUUCAGACUUCUCUAUAAGGGCUCUGCAGUCUAGAAGGAAAUGAGGUGGUUUUGCCCAUGCAGUGCUAGAUAGUUUGAGGCAGACCACUAGAGAAGGAGAGCCUAUGCGUGGGCUCAACAGACACUGCUACCAAAAAGCUCCGAUUAGAGACUCAAAAGUUCACGUAUACCUACAGUGAGGUACCCAUAGAGGGAACGCAUCUCAAAGAACCACUGUGACUAUACAAGGUGAGUAACUUCCUUUCUUUUGAUAUGCAUAAUGUAUAAUCAUCUAAAGGUAGGAUGAAGAGAAUAGUGUUUCCAAACACUAGUUUACUAAACAUCAAACAGAAAUUGAAGACCUGGAUAAUCUAGGCCAUCUCUUGCCACUAGAGGAUUUUACCAACACUAUCUUUGAAUGCAUUGUUCUGUCUUACUAUUGAAGUGCACAAGUGAUGGGACUUACAUAAUUUUCUAUGAGGAAUAAAUUACAUUACAAAACGAUGUUUAAAAUAGCUCACAAACAUCUAGCAUAUGCAGAAUCAAGUGGGGUGGGUGGGUGGAGGGAGCUGAUCUAGAUGGAGCCUAACAGAGUUCUCAUCCUUGUGACUAAUACAUGACUCCUAAUCUUAGUUUAUUUUCUCUGAAAAUUGUUUUGAACACAAUUUGAUCCUGUACACAAAAGCCACAAAGAAUGUUCAAGAUCAUUAUAGUGUGAAUUAUGUGUAACCCCAUUUUAUUAAAAAAUUUUAAGCAGAACGCCUUCUGUUGUGCAAAAACACCUACAUUGUUUCACUUCUACGAAAUGUUUU